AUGCCCCGAAACGCCAAGCUACCUCACAUGGGAACUUGCAAUGAUCAGACGCCUUGUGUGAACGGGGCUUGCUGUAGCAAGGUCUCCGGACUUUGUGGCUACUCGCCCUCAGAGUGUGGAGCCGGGAACUGUUCCUCAAACUGCGAUGCUAAGGCUGAGUGCGGUCAGUACGGCACACCUGGUAACCAGAAGUGUCCACUUGGGGUAUGCUGCUCCAAGUUUGGAUCAUUAACCUCAGCUUCUAGGUUUUGCGGCUCAACUUCCGAAUUCUGCGACGAUGGCUGCCAGAAGAGCUUUGGAGGCUGUGGCGAUGUCAAGCGACCGUCCUGCAGCAGGAAUGGUGGCAGUGUCGAAGGCAUAAACAUCGGAUAUUAUGAGUCGUGGGCGAACACAAGGGCAUGCAGUGCUGUCAAGCCCGAAGAUCUCAACCUCAAUGGUUUUACUCACCUCAACUUUGCGUUCGUCUUCUUUAACCCUGCAACUUUCGAGAUCGUGCCGAUGGACAAGAAUGCAGGCAGCUUACUACAUCGUUUCACGAAGUUGAAGGAGAAGAAACCUGGAUUGCAGACCUGGGUGAGUGUCGGUGGCUGGUCUUUCAAUGAUCCUGGUCCAUAUCAACAAGCUUUCAGCAACAUGGCCAGUACAGCAGCAAAUCGCAAAACGUUCAUCACCAACGUAAUCAGGUUCAUGGAUACUUAUGGGUUCAAUGGUAUGGAUCUGGAUUGGGAGUAUCCAACUGCAGACGACCGCGGUGGUAAAGCGGAGGAUUCUGCUAAUUAUGUUCUCCUAUCUAAGGACAUAAAGGAUGCCUUUGGCUCCAAAUAUGGCUAUAGCAUAACGCUACCGGCAUCUUAUUGGUAUUUGCAGCAUUUCGAGCUAGCCAAACACCAGGAUUCCGUGAACUGGUUCAACCUCAUGACUUACGAUCUUCACGGUGUUUGGGAUGCCGCGUCAAGAUGGAUCGGACCAAAGAUUGCAUCGCAUACCAAUAUCACAGAAAUUAACCUUGCAUUGGACCUUCUCUGGCGUGCUGGAGUAAAACCAGAAAAGGCUGUCCUCGGCAAAGGCUAUUAUGGUCGAUCGUUUACUCUUACUGACGCUUCUUGCAGCAAGCCUGACGGGUCUUGCACGUUUUCUGGGGGUGGUAAAGAAGGUCGUUGCUCCAAGGCUUCUGGUAUCCUUACACUCCAGGAGAUUCAAGAGAUCAUCAAGGAGAAGAACCUGAAACCUAUUCAUGACCAAAAGGCGGGUGUGAAAUGGAUCCACUGGGACGAUGAUCAAUGGGUAUCUUACGACGACCAAGACACAUUCAAGCAGAAAAAGGAAUUUGCCAACUCUCGAUGCUUAGGCGGUUUGAUGGUCUGGGCGAUUGAUCAGGUCGACCAAAAGGAGAAGAGUUUGAAUUACCCCGACGACUGGACUGAAGGGGAUAUUGCCGACGCAGAGGUCCUUUAUCAGGAUGAGGCUGCCCAGGGUGUCUGCUAUACGACUAUGUGCAAUGAGAAAUGUGCCCCGGGAGAGCACGAGGCUUCACAAAUGAAUGGACAACCUGGAGACCUAUCAACGAUGGAUCGCUGCGUCAAGGGUGAAUUCCGGCGAUUGUGCUGCGCCAAAGGAAGUAUCAUGGGCAAAUGCAGAUGGCGCGGAUAUCGUGGGCUAGGUAUCCCCUGCUCUGGCGGAUGCGCGGACGGCGAAACUGAGAUGACACAAAAUACCAACCACCACUCGGAUACUGAAGACCAGAGCUGCACCGGAGGUACUCAGAGCUAUUGCUGUGCGGGCUUCAAGCCUCCUAUCACUAAGGAGCAGGUUGAAGACAAGAUGAAGGAUGAAGCCAAAGAACUUGCCCUGGAGACCGCAGAAGCGGCAGCUUUAGAGAUUGUUGCAAAGCAACUUUGCAGAGUCGCAAUCACUGCUGCGUUGACACCUCUCACCUUUAUACCGUUGGUUGGUUGGCUGGUCAGACUCGCCAUACAAGCAGCGGUACCAGCUCUAGCAAACCUCUGUGCCAAGGGCCUCGCUAAAGCAGGUAAAUCCAUCUUCAAGUUUCAAGGAAAAGACUACGACGUCAAGGUGGACAAGCCACAGAUAACCAAGAAGGAUCGCGGCCCUUCCGCAAAGCCAACCAAGCCUCCAGGGAAGACUGCUAAAUGCUCGAAGAGGAACACCAAGUUGGCCAAGCGCUUGAGACCUAAAAAGAUCACGCAAAGCGUUUGGUUACAACCCCCGGACUCAGUCUUCGUCGACAAAGUCUGUGAAUAUGAUCGGAUGAGCCAAGCCUGCCUCCAUUACAGCUCAGUCAUAAGCCGCAGACCGAAGCUAUCUAGCAUCACUUGUGGCGAUGAAAAAGGCGUUGGCCAGGGUGACAUUCGGGAGGUCAAGAAUGAUUACUAUACAAGUCAUCAUACAGAUUGGAUAACCGGCUGGAUGCGAGCAGCCAAGGUCAAUUGUGAACGCGACGAAUUUCCUCCAGCAGCGGUUUGGCAAGGCCGUGACAAAAACGUGUGGAUUCGCUUAAGCCCUAGGCUGGGAAACAGCAGGGCAGGACAACUAUUCAAAAAAGUAUGCCCUAAUAAAGUCCAGACUAGGACCAUACAACAAGCCACUAGCGACCACGAUCUACCAGUUUGUAAUGGUAGGGUCACGGAAGUCUGGAUUGAGACUGUUCGAUUAGUAGACAGGGUCUUUAGACUGGGUUUUAACGCAAUACCUAACGAUCUUGACGAUCAGGGGCUCACAAUGAACCCAUGCUGGCCCGAGGCUCUGGUCGACGACCCCGGUUUUGCUCUCCUCUUCGGGGAUCCAUGGUACGCUCGGCAGGCAAAUCAAGCUCGCCAACAAAACACGCCGUUCUAUCCCAACCCUCCUUCACCGCAACGCAUAGGAAGCAAUACACCAAAGGCUGGAUGGAAUAAGCGCGACUUCAGUCCCAAAUCACCAACAGAUGAAUGGAAUAGGCCCGACUUGAGCCCGGAAGAUAUCUACAUCGACCAAGGGAACUCGUCGCGAAAACCCACGGACGAGGAGCUAGAGAAGGAAUUUGGUCUCCUAAGAUGCCAAGGCGACUAUUCAACCACAACCUUCACUGUCACUGUCACUGCGGCGCCCCUAAACCCGGUUCCAACGACCAUGAGUACAUUUUCCCAUAUCGCCACACAGGCUCUUUCCGCAGCCCAGUCGUUGAUCACAGAGUCGGUGCAAUAUGCUUUCCACGGCGAAGAGGAGUAUGAAGACGAGAAUGAAGAGGAGUAUGGACAGCAGGAGAUAGAUUGGGAUCAUGUUCUGACUUCAGGAGAGCCUUGGUCGUGCACCUCUUCUUCUUCAGAUACUUGA